AUGCGAGUCCACACAACGCAGCGCCUGUCGUACCGCACGAACGGGCGCCACAACGCGCACCGAGCGGCUCCCCACGACGACAACAUCCUGCGCACGCCAUCGUCCGCGUACGACCAGGUCCGAGUGAGCGGUUUCUCGCCCGUGCGUCUCGACAGUUGGCGCUGCUUCCGCUCGCUGUCACACGCGUACGCGCCCGUGUGUCCGUCCGACUCGUCGUCCGUUGCGCGGGGCCCUGCGCGCUUCCACGUUGGGAUUGAGCUCAAGCAGAUUCUCACCCGGACAACGACCGCUCAAGUGCGCAAGACAAAGAUCAUCUGCGCGAUUGGACCGGCGUCGUGGUCGGUCGAGAUGUUGGGGCAGCUGCUGGAUGCCGGGAUGGAUGUUGCCAGGUUGAACUUCUCACAUGGAGACCAUCAAGUGCACCUGAAGAGUCUGAUGAAUCUGAGGGCAGCCAUGGCGGCACGACCGGGUCGUCACUGUGCCGUGCUGUUGGAUACGAAAGGCCCAGAGAUUCGAAGCGGCUUUCUGAAGAGGCAUCGUCCUGUACACUUGAAGGCUGGACAGACGUUAGAGGUCACGACGGAUUAUGGCGUGGAAGGUGACAGCGCUUGCAUUGCCUGCACGUAUAAACAGCUGCCAACGUCCGUAUCAGCUGGCUCUACGAUUCUAUGCGAUGACGGGGGACUCGUGAUGACAGUCCUCGAAUGCUUGCCAGAGUCGAUCAUUGUGCGAGUGCACAAUGACUAUGUUCUAGAGGAGAAGAAGAACAUGAAUCUACCAGGAGCGGCAAUUCAGAUACCCGGCAUCACGGAAAAGGAUCGAGACGAUCUGCUGAACUUUGCGAUUCCGAAUGGCGUCGAUAUAGUUUCAGGUUCGUUUGUGCGCUCUGCUGCAAACGUGCGUGCGAUACGAAACUGCCUUGGCGAAGCGGGUCGACACAUUCGUGUUCACGCUAAGAUUGAAAGCCUGGAGGCUCUGCAGAACAUCGACGAGAUCAUUACUGAAGCUGACGGCAUUCACGUAAGUCGUGGCGAUCUCGGAAUGGAGCUGUCACCCGAACGAGUGUUCUUAGCGCAGAAGGUGAUAAUCAGCAAAGCCAACCGCGCUGGGAAGCCCGUGGUCACGUCUACACAACUGUUACAGUCUAUGACAAAGAAAGUUCUUCCUUCCAACGCGGAAUGCACCGAUGUCGCAAACGCCGUGUUAGAUGGCACCGAUGCUAUGAUGUUAUCAGCAGAAACUGCCAAAGGCAUGUACCCGAAGGAAGCAGUUGAAACCAUGGCCAGGAUUUGUGUCGAAGCCGAGCAAGCGCUCGACUACGCCGAAGUGUACCGCCUGCAUCGGGCUGCAAACCGAUGCCACGGAACCCUGUGCGAAUCUGUUGCCAGCUCGGCUGUCGAGAUCUCGUUGGACAUGGACGCCAAGCUGAUCGUUUCGAUCACCGACACAGGUUGCAGUACGAAGCUGCUUGCCAAGUAUCGUCCGAAGGCUAACAUAUUGGCUGUCACAUCCUCUACGUUGACGUCGCGUCAGCUUGCUGGAGUAUCGAGAGGAGUGACAGCGCUGCUGGUGGAAUCUAUGACAGGUAUAGAAUAUCUUACAACGAGAGCCAUCACCUUUGCAAAGGAGACGGGCUUGAUAAAGAGCGGUGGAGUUGUUGUUCUCGUUCACGGACUCGAUGAUUCCGUAUCGCCGUCAGCUAACGUGGUCAAGGUGAUUGAGGUUGCCAGAUGA